AGUGCUUUCCAGUGCUGAGGGAUACAACCUCUUUCCAGUGCUUUCCAGUGCUUUGUCCACCACUCUUUCUGCUAGUAUUUUGGUUACUCUCGAUUCAAUUGUAGUGCUCAGGAUACAAAGGAUACAACCCCUGCCAGCUUGUAUUCCUAAAUCAGGGACAUAUGAUGUGAAAUGUAAAAUGGGAGGUCCCUUUGGCACAAUGAAACACCUCGUUGAGCUUAAAACGGAGCAAACAAUGGCCUUGACAUUGAUGUUAGGCUGUUGGAUCCACUUAAGGAGCUAGUAUGGUUUUGGGAGAGGUUCUCUUCUUUUUUGCACCCAAACAAUCCCAUUUCUGAUAAGCCGAGGUUCGCAAGGUGGGAUGAUCUUAAGAUGGAUGCAAAGAGUAUAAACUUUGCAGGAGAAGAAUAUCUGUGGCGGCCAUACGCAUUGGAGGCCAAAAACUCACUUCUUCUCUACAAGGAGGGAGAAGGACGGUGGGUUUUUGUCACUGGUGGUGGGGAUGAAGUGGAUGAACUCAUUUGCUGUGUGAGGGUGAGUGAGCUGGUGGGGAUAGAGGGUGUCAUUGAGCAUGGGCAAUACCUGCCUCACCGUGUGGCUAUGCAGUUUGGAAUGGAUCAGGGUCAUCCAGGGUUACUUGGAUUGGUUCUCUAAAAUUGUUAAUGUUCUUGAUGAUGGUGAUAGUUAUGAUGAUGAUGAUGAUGAUGAUGAUGAUGUGCCUCUGGUUGAACUUGUAAGGAAGGAGGGAAAAAUUGAUGAGAAUACUCGUCUUCUUGAUGAUGAUGAUCAUGAUCAUGAUCAUGAUCAUGAGGUUGAUGAUGGUGUUUCCCUGGCUGAGCUUCUUCGGAAGAGAAGAAAAAAGGAUGUUAAAAGCCAUAUCAUUAUGCCAAAAACGGGGAUGCCAUUUGACAGCUCCCACUUCCAUCUUGAGCCUCCCCACUUCAUGUUCAUGCCCCUGAUACACGGCACUGACGUUAUCGCAAAAGACCAAUGUGGCACGCCGCAGAGGUUGUUGAAGCUCAAGGAGAAGAUUUCGGACCCAGCUGGCCUCAGCUACGGUGUUUGCCACGGCACGAUACUCGGCCUCAGCACUGGAGUGGGAGGAAUUGGAGAAGGUCAAUCAACCUCUAGGCCACCGCUUUUUGAUGGCACCAACUACACAUAUUGGAAAGAACGGAUGAGAAUUUAUAUCCGCUCAACCAAAUUCCAGUUGUGGUUGGUCAUAAAAAACGGCGAAGAAACGCCAAUGAAGAAGGUCGAUGAAAAACUCGUCCCAAAGACCGAAGAUGAAUUUGAUGACGAAGACAUCAAAAAGGUGGAGAACUACGCCAAGGCAAUCAACAUGCUGUACUGUGCGGUCAAUCCUGAUGAUUAUCGCAAGAUCUCUUGCUGCACCACUGCAAAAGAAAUGUGGGACAAGCUGGAAGUCACAUAUGAAGGUACUGACCAAGUUCGGGAAGCCAAAAUUGACUUCCUAACGCAGGAGUACGAGAUGUUCAGGAUGAAGGAAGGCGAAAAGAUCGAUGACAUGUUCGAUCGGUUCUCAAAGAUCAUCAACGACCUUCACGCUCUCAAGAAGACGUAUGCCAACAAGGACCUUGUGAGGAAAAUCCUGCGGAGUCUCACACCCGAAUGGAGAUCAAAGGCUGACGCAAUCUACGAAUCCAUCGGAGUCUCCAAUGUCACCAUCGACUGGCUAAGAGGUAACCUCAAAACUUAUGAAUCUACUAUUCUAACUCCGUCUUUGGAUGAACAAAAGAAGAAGGGAAUAGCACUGAAAGCAACCAAGGAGACCGCUGAAGAAGACUCAAGCGAUGAUGACAACGAGUUCGGACUUGUCAUCAAGAAAUUCCACAAAUUUAUGAAGAAGGAAUCUGAGCGCAAAGGAAGAAAGCACGACGGUCCCCCGAAGUGCUAUGGCUGUGGUGAGAUAGGCCACAUCAAGCCGAGGUGUCCAAAAGGCAAAAGCGGCAAGGACAAACCUGGCUUCAAAAAGCAACGCGCCUACAUCUCAUGGGGUGGCGACUCCGGGGAUGAGUCAACGGAUCAAGAAGAGGAAGAAGCCGCCAACCUCUGUCUCAUGGCACACGAAGACCACGUCAACGAAGUACAAGAGGUUUCCAAGAAGAAGGGCAACGCCGAAGCUACGACCUCAGCGCCCCCGCCAUUCCCCUACCUGGACGGCUCGUUUCUUGAGUUCGGGUCGGAGGAGGAACUCAACCGGAGCCGCUCGAGCUUCAAUCCCGCCUUCGUCCGGGCCUUCUACUCCAAUCUCCGCCGUGACGGGGACACCAUUCGCAGCAGCAUCAAUCUCUACGACAUAGAGAUUGAUUUGCCUACCUUUGCUUGGGUCGCAGGGCUGCCCAUCCGCGGUGACGACAUCGCGACUUAUGGUGGGGACGAUUGGAUCCUCAACAACGAGGCAGUCGUCAUUCGUGAGCUUGGGAUCACCAACUUGAUCCGCCACAGCGGCACGCCGACGAUCCACUCGGCCCCACCGGACAAGCGCCUCCUCCUCUACAUCAUCACCCGGAUUCCCCGCCCCCGGGACAGCAGCCAUACCUCGCUCUUCAACGAGGACUUGAAGGCGAUUCACGCCAUCAUCCACGACGCCUCCAUCAAUUGGGCGAAAUUCGUGAUGAUCCACAUGGCAGAUUGUGCCUCCAUCGCCACUGAGCGGAGCUUGCCAUACGCCUUCCUCGUCAUGGACCUCAUCAUCUCCGCCGACAUCUCCAUUGCCGGCCCGGAUACGAAGAUGACGAAGAUUUGGAUCAUUCAAGACAGCACCUUCCGGAAGAAGUCCGGAGACAGGGACGGCGUAGGCCCAAGUCAUGCACCAGCCCCCGCUCCCGCCAAGGCCUCUUUGCAAUCCAUAGCCGAUACUCUGAAUCGGCUAACCCUCACAGUGGAUGGCAUGGGGCAGUCAAUUGAGCGGAUGGACUGGACGUUGCAACGCCAACACCACGACAUGACAGUGUUCUUCCGCGGCAUCAACUACGUCCCGCCGCCCUUUGACACCACCUUCCUUGGCCAAAACUAUGAAGGCGAGGACGAGGAGGAUAACUCCUAUGCUCCAUCCUCCUCCCCCGACGAAGCCGACUUUGAAGAUGCGGUCGACGGCGAUCCCAUGGACGUCGAGGACGACGAGGAUGAUGAUGAGGACGCCGAUGCUUAGACUAUUCUCUUCUCUCCUUACUAUGAUUGUAUUUUUUAUUUCCAUUCCGUUGUAUUCCGCAUUUCCCUUUUUAAUGAAUAAAAGUUUACUUUUAAACUCUAAAGUUCACUUUUAAUUCUUUUUGUUAAUGUCAAAAGGGGGAAGAUAUUAAAGUUAUGCAUAAAUUGAGGGGGAAUUU